UCUCGUCGUGCUAUAUUGCAGCAUGCUUAACUGAUCUCAACAUGUACUUGCUGCAUCCAGGAGGCGCACAGGGUUGAGGCAUUCGAUGCAUUGGCAACGAUGGCAGUCUUGAGCCUCGUGGCACCUGUAUGCUUGAUUGCAGUUGCAAUUGUAGCAACAGGUCCGAUCAAUACUCUCUGUCUUCUGGGCGCCUUGGGAUGUCUGUCUCUGAUACUCAUUCUAGCUGCAAAGGCAUGGCUUCGAUACAAGCUUCCAUCUCCAAGCCAGAAAUCAAUCGGUUUCUUUCACCCCUUUGCUGACAGCGGUGGAGGUGGUGAGAGAGUGCUGUGGUGUGCUGUUAGGGCAAUCCAGGAUGCACAUCCAGAAUAUCAGAUCCUCAUCUACUGCCAAGCAGGAAGCACGCCGCAGGCGCUCUGUGCAAGGGCAUCUGCUGCGUUCCUCCUGGACGUCAAUGCCACGUUUCAGGUCGUUCCUCUGACAUGUUGUCACCUGAUUCUGCCAGAAACAUACCCCAGAUGGACGAUGCUGCGGCAGGCCCUCGGGUCUAUACAAUUAGCAUAUGACGGUCUCUUGCAGGCUGUCCCAAAGGUGAUGGUUGACACCAGCGGCUGGGCAUUCAUGUACCCCCUGUUUAGGUUGGCGGGGUGCAGAGUGGCUUCCUACACACACUAUCCCACUAUCAGCACAGACAUGCUUCAGCGGGUGACCAGUAGGCAGGCAACCUACAACAACGAUGUCGCAGUUGCUGGAAGCCCGCUGAUGUCGCUGGUGAAAGUGGUGUACUACUACAUCUUUGCGGCUGCAUACGGGGCCGUGGGUGGCUGCACCAAUGUGGUGAUGGUGAAUUCCAGCUGGACUCGUGGGCACGUCUCUCGGCUUUGGUGGACCUUCACCCAGCCGUUGCUUGUAUACCCGCCUUGCAAUGUCAGUCACCUGGCGGCCCUUCCGCUGGACCGCAAGUUGAAGUCUCUCUUCCUAGUGUCUCUGGCCCAGUUCCGCCCAGAGAAGGAUCAGGCCAAGCAGCUCCGGGCCUUUGCCAUGGCGCGACAAAGGGCAGCUGCCCAAGUGAUGCACCCCGACGAGGACUCCUCGCACGCAGUCCUGGCCGCUCGCCUGAAAGUAGUGGGCAGCUGCAGGAACCACGAAGAUAAUGAGCGGGUGGCGCAGCUGAAGGGGCUCAGCAGCGAGUUGGGGCUGGAUGCAUGCGUGGACUUUUGUGUCAAUGCGCCAUUCUCCGAAGUCCAGCAGCUUCUCGGAGGCGCUGUGGGAGGCCUGCACACCAUGGUCGACGAGCACUUUGGCAUAUCCAUCGUGGAGUACAUGGCUGCAGGGGUGAUCCCUAUUGCGCAUAAUUCAGCCGGUCCCAAGAUGGAUAUAAUAAAGACUGACACCUGGGACCGGGUCGGCUUUCUCUGUGAAACUGAAGAGGAGUACGCACGUGCAAUCUUCGAGGUUCUGUCCAUGGACCAAAGUAAAAGGAUGGGAAUUGCAGCUGCUGCGCGCAGGAGAGCAAGUGAGUUUUCAGAUGAGCACUUCAAAGACGGCUUUCUGAGGGCUUUGGAACAAGGCUUACUGCCACCAAAUGUGCACAUGUAA